CUAUCUAUUAUGCUCCAAAGCCGGUUGACCCGUGAACGGGUCAGCGGGUCAACUGAAAUCCUGCUUUUAAAACAUUGUACAGAACUAUCCCAAUGACGCUAAAACCUACGCCUUUUCAUUUACAGAGAAAGUACGAUCGACAAUCUCUUCGCUUCUCUAAAUUCCGAUUCACAUCACCAAAAGAAGAAAGAUCAUGAAGAAAUCAAAGCCACCUAAGGCAGCAAAACGCGAAGAUGGGGUCGAUUUGAUCAGUAGCAUGCCGGAUGAUAUUCUUGUUUCGAUUCUUUCACAUCUUCCGCACACUGAAGAAGUUAUUCGAAGCAGCAUUUUGUCAAGACGAUGGAGGUAUUUCUGGACUUCAAUUCCCUCUCUUGACAUAUACUGUUUUCGAGGAUCCACGGAUCAACAAAAUUUCAAAAAAAGCAAAUUCAAAGAGUUUGUGUAUUGGGUUUUAGCAAACAAAUCCGUCAAUUUGGAUAGGUUCCAUCUAGGUUGUGCUAAUUACUACACUAUGUCGACGGUAGGGCGGUGGAUUCAUGUCGCCGUUACAAGAAAUGUCAGACAGCUUGAGUUAACGUUUCGCCCUAAGGAGGAUAGUGAGGAUGUAGAGAUGCCUAAUUGUCUUGUGACUUGCGGUUCGUUGGAGGUAUUAACAUUGAAUAUGUUGGGACAUCGUCUAAGGUUGCCUAAUAGUAUGGGGUUUCGGGCACUUAGGGUUCUUAAAUUGAGCAGGGUUGAUUUAUUGGGAGAUGAUGGUUUGGUAAAAGGUUUCCUCGAAAGAUGCCCAUUGCUUGAGAAGUUGAGUUUGAUAUCCUGCAUCAUGAACGAACUUGAUCUUCUUUGUAUUUCAUGUCCGAAGCUAGAAAUGCUGAGAAUUGAAAAUGACAACGAUGAGUGCAUGUGUGAUUGCAUUAUGAUUUCUUGUCCAAAACUGGUGGAUUUGGAUUUAAGAGGUCAUAUAGCUUAUAAUUUUUUCUUUGAUUGUCCAGACUCCUUGAAGGAAGCUGCGAUUGAGCCUAAAUUGAUGAACAACACCAUAUCUGUUGUGCUGUUUCCUGGAAUUUCUAGAGUAGAAUAUUUGUCUAUCCACCUCCACUUAUUCAUUCUGUGCCUUGAUGGUGAAUGUGAUCCCUCUCUACCUAAUCUGAGGAAUCUGGUGCUUAAUACAACUAUGGAUGCCUUCACCAUGGAUAGCUUCAAACGAGUUCUCAAAUAUUAUCCCAAACUGGUGUCUCUUGAGUUGAUCAUUCAACAGGAUUUUCAUGGGAAAUACGCUUGUUUGGAUAAAGAUGAAACAAUGAGAAUCUCGACUCCUGAUAUGAAAAAAGUCGCGUUUUUUGAAUUUAAUGGAGAAAAGCCGAAACUACUCAUAGACUGGCGUGGAGAUAAAUUGGUUAUGUUUUUCACUUGGGGGUGACAUGGCCAGUUUCUGAUAAACUGUAAAGUAAUACUUGUUUUAUGUGGAUGCCUUUUGUAUUUGGAUUUUUGUUUCAUGUUGGCUUCUUUUUCAACUAUAACUAGAAAAUACUUGUUUGGUUCUUCUAUAAAAACUACAACACAGCACUACUAAUUGCAACAUCAAUAUGUAAAACCAAAAACACGAAUGUAACCAUAGCAACAUAACAUUUGCACCACCACAAAAAUGAAAUUCAUAGUUUAGGGGGUAGAGAAGAAUAAAUAUGAAAUACAUAGUUUUUCGUCCUAUGCAAUCAAUAGUCAACUCUUCUAUAUCCAUUCAUCCUGUAUGUAUGAUAUGACAGAUUUGUAUGUUUGA